AUGCCUCCGUCACCUGCAAAGAGACGCAGGGUAGCCUCGCACGAUCCAAUAGACGACACUGAAAUUAGUGCAACGAGCAUCAAUGAACAGCCAACAACCCCCACCAGAGCCUCUUACCUUUCCCCAACCAAAAGUUCUUUAGCCCGCUCACAUCCACAUCUCAUCCCUCGAACAACUCGUCGAUCUCUGACGGAACCAAGAGGAGCGAGCUUAAGAGAUGAGAUCCGCGAUGAAAAGUCCAGUGCCUCAGAACCGCCCGAGACGGCGUCCCGAAUUAGCCAGCCUCCUGACCGCAUGGUGAACGAGUCAAGACCAGCCCAAGGAGACAAGAACUUUCCCGACCAAGCCCCAAAUGCGUCGCAGAAGGAUCCUAGAACUGCAAAUACUAGCCACCCUCCCAUGACUUCCCGCUCCCCUUUGAGAGAGCGCCAGAAGCCACACAUCAACGGCCAUGGAACAAGAGGUUUCAGCCACGACUCAAUGUCACCCGCCAUAAUGCCUACUCUGGUCCGGAGAACGGAUCCAAGUACUAGAGCGACGUCUCACCACGCGAGCAACGAGCCCGAACUGCCUCCGACACCCGUUCAAUUAGGCAUUAGUACCGUGCCUGAGAGACCUCGAGGUUUGGCAUCCAGCAGCAGUCCCAGAGGAUCCAAGACGGGCAGCGGAAAAAGAAGAAAGAGAACAAGAGCAGAUGGACCUAUGACAAGCAGUCCAUUGAAACCAAAGGCUCGAUCACCCGGUGCGACUGGUAACGAGGCUUUGGAAAGUUCAACGGGAUUUAUCGACGAAGCAAAGGAAAGUGAACUUGAAGGACCGGAGGAUGAAGAUGUUGAGGAUGUGUCAGCCAACCUGAAAGAAAAACAGGCCACUCUUCAGUCCCUCAAAGAAACUUUGGAACAAUUGAAAAAAGAAAAUGAAAGGCUUGGGACAGUUCUCGCGAACGACGAGGAGGUUGGCGAUGAAUACCUGUCGCUCCUAAGACAAACUUCCACCGAAGAUCCUGCAUCUCAACAGAAGCUCCCUGAAUCAUUUGAUCUAGGAGACGACGCUUUAGCCUACCUGACCUUGUUUUCUCCGGGCAACCUCCAACUCAAGAGUCGGACUGAGACCAAGAAAAUAAGAGGUCGACUCAAGAUCAUUCAUUUUUUGGCCAUUGAUGCUCCACCUCCAUGGUUGCCCAAUGUGUUGGCCUGCGAAUUUGAGGUUAUUGUUGACGCCGAAGAUGUACGAGUCGAGAGUGUUCGAAUGGAAGAAGCCAUAACGGACAAGCGGCGCGGAAAUUCCACAAAGCCGGGAAUUUAUAAAUGGAUCAGAGACCGCUUGCAGCAUCCUCUGCAUUGUCUAGAUGUUGGUGGAGUGAUAUGGGGCAUGGGUCGAUGGUUCAGUGCAAUGGUGGAACGUGCCAAAGUCUUUCAACGACUGGAAAAGGUGUAUCGCAAUUCUUCGUCUAGCAGCGCCGAUGAUGAAGAGGGUGAUGAAGAGUGGACUCGAUCCAAGACUAUUGAAUUGAGUCGAUACCUGGACAUGACGCAGAUUCAGAUUGCCUAUAAAGGCUCUAACUCCAAAAAUCGUAGCAAAAAGGGCACAGCAACAGUCAUGCUCAUGUGGGACAUCGACCUUGAUUGGACUGGAGGUGUUACGUCUAACAUCAGCAUCGCCGUCAGCGGCGUUUCUUCCAAAGCGCAGGCAGGUUCGAAAGAGGUCUUUUGCUGCCUGAUUCCAGCCAAAGGCGUUAUCGGCGCCUUCAAAGGUGUUUGGGAAUUGAUCCAUAGCGAGACGAAUGACGGUACUGGGGCAGAGGAAGGGAAAGGCAAGAGGAAACGAACUUGA